CGGUGAUAACUCACUGAAACAGAAGCACAGCGAAUGAGGCAACAGUAAGAAAACCUGCGGUGCUGUCCGUGAUAAUACUCACUGAAACAGACGCACAGCGAAUGAGGCAACAGUAGGGAAACCAAAAGGGAGAAAUAACUUUCUACUUUAUGUACACUUCCAAAUAACACCGAGCUUUAUUUGUGUUAAGUAGACAUUGGUGUGUUGAGUUAGAGUAACACGUUGAAUUAGAGAGAUUUGAGGAGUGGCAAGGAGGAGAAAGUACCCUAUCUGGUUUCACCGCAAGACACCAGGAGCAUCACCUUCCCUCACCCCCUCUUGUCCUUUCUGUGUGGUCAUGAUGUGGUCCCACUUCGCCACAAGUGCCCUUAUCCUACUGGUUGUCCUGUUGAGACUCACCCUAACCCUCCCGCUCACCGCCUCCGUGGCGACCGAGACACACAGCCCCGGCGACAGCCAUGCUGCUUCCCCUCUUGGACUUAGGCCAACCGAGGGAGAGAAUGAAGGGAGGAAGGGCGGACUUCCACAGAGAGAGAGAGCAGAAGAGGAGGAUGAGCUUUUUGGAGGCAUGGACCCCAAAACAUUAGCAGCCGUUCUGCUGGAGGCGAUGAAUAAGCCACACGGGGAAAGGAGGAACGGUGUGGAGGAUGGGCGCAAGGAAAAGGAGAGAGGAAAAGAGGAGAAUGAGAGAGAGAGGCAGGAGGAGGAGAAGGGAGAAGAGGUGAGAGCCGCAUCGGAUGAGGAGGGAGCAGACCGAGACAGGGACGGUCGCGAGGAGCUUGAGCUGGUGAUGGCGGCCGCUGCGGCGCAGGGCAAGGAGGAGCGAGAGAGGAAUGAGGAGGAGGAGGAGGAGGAGGAGAGGAAAAGAGCACAGGAGGAGGAGGAAAGACUAACAGAGAAAGUGACUAGCCACACCACCAGCCAGACAAUUCCUGGAAAGGAGAAACAACCUCCGGCAGAAGGAGAAAGAGGGGAGGAGGUGGGAGUGAAGGAAGUGGGGGCCAGAGAAGAUGUGCAGCAGGGACCACCCACCUCACAGGAGACCCAGCAAGAGGAGGAAGAGGAGCAACUAAGUCCAGAUGAAGUGCAGAACCUCCAGAGCAUGUUGGAGGAACUGCAGAACUACAACACAGCUAACAAGAGAGAGAGGGAGGCCCAGGAGCAGAGAGGGAGAGAGAGCAGGGCCUACAGCCAAGACGACACAGACCAAGCCCUGAUCCACAACCAGAUAAAACUCAAAGCUAAAGGAUACCCCCGAGCCAUGUCGAAGAAGCUCAAAUGGCAAGAGGAGAUGCAGAAAGCCCUGAACAUGCCCACUUAUAGAGGAGGCAACUUCAUGGACGACUUUGACAAUCUGGCUCGACCGGGGGCUGAGGAGGAUGAUGAGGAAAUGCUGAGCCCCGAGGAGGAAGAGAGGAGGGCAAAGGAGGAGCAGGAGGAGGUCAGGAGGCAGGCGAUGGAAGCUCAGAGGGCCAAAGCCGAGGAGGAGAAGUUGGCGGACAUAGCCUCGGACAUGCUCCUGCAGUACAUGGUCAAACAGGACAAAGGAAAGUACCAGAACAAGAAGACCCUGCUGUCCAACGCAGCGGAGGACAAGCGCUCUGACGAGGAGGUCGUCAGCGAGGACGAUGAUAUUGAUCCUCAGACCAUUGAUAAGCUCAUCGAGAUCUCCAGUAAGCUCCACCUCCCCGCGGACGACGUCGUUGACAUCAUCAGCGACGUUGAGAAGAAGAAGAAGAAAGACGCUCCUGAGACAUUUCCCUGGCAACGAACCCAGCAAAGACCCCUGGUUUACCCAGCAGCCAAAGCCAUCGAUGCCCAGCCUUCACACCCCCGAUACCCCACCCUGAAGCAGCCUCUCCCGGCCAUCAAUCCCCUCAAGGCCUGGUUCAAGGACAAAUCUUCCAUCAAACCCUCAAAACAAGACCUCUGGAUCAAACCUCAACAGUCCUUUCGGACUUCCUCCAACUAUCCUACGUAUCCCUUCUACCAACAGAAGCCCUAUCGAGGCUACUACCCAAUUUACUUCCCCCCUCCUAAGCCCAAGCCCCUGUUCUAUGCCAAGCCUUCCUACAUGCUCAACGACCUCCUGUCGAAUUCUCUGGACUACGACUUUGAUUUCCCCCCCAAGAGGAGGUACCGUCCCUGGGUACAGCCCCGCCCGAGGAAGCCCCUCGCUGCACUUCGGCGGAACCUCUACUACCCAAAUUACUCCAACUAUCCCAACUACCUCCUCCCCCCACACCCCAGGACAUACAACCCCCUACCCGUCCCCGUCCCCAUGCCUAAACCUCGCUCGUCCCCACCCAGGGGUCAGGUUCAGCCUCGCCAUCGGCAUGGUUACUAUUACCAAGCGCCCUCAGCACCUUUGGUGACCCGGGACCAAGAUUACUAUGGGAUGCAGGGGAUAGGGAUGGGGCCGCAGCAGCAAGAUAGCAAUGAAGACCUGGAGAACUACAUUCAACAGGUCUUUAUGAAACCCAGGCCUAGGAUGUUUCAGUGAAAAGAGAGGAAAGAGAGAGAGGGGGCGGGAAGGAGGGAGGGGAAAAGGGGAGGAAGAGAGAACAAUGGAUUUUUUUUUUUUUACACCACUUACUUUUGAUUUCAGGUUUUGCCUUGGUUUUGUCUCUUUAAUGUACUGUUAGAUUUUUGUCAAAGAGCAACACAAAUUACAUGUAGCUUUUUUUUUGUAUAGAGUAAAAAUGAACUUGCAGAUAGAAAAGUGAGGGAGUCAGGAUGACACACAUCCAUUCAUUCCUCUUGCUCUUUUCUUUGGAAGAUGAAACUGAAGCUGUUGUCCAAAAUGACUGAAAGAGGGGCACUAAACCAAUCACAUAAAGAACUAUAGAACAUACAGAACCAUAGAACACUGACUCUAUAGACUCAUCUCAACAUCCUGGGAUUCUGGAAAAUAUGAGGGAGCGUCGGCAUCGUUCAGAAGACCAACAUUGAGGGGAAAUUGCAAAUGGCACCCUAUUCCCUAUGUUGCGCAAUACUUUUGACCAGGGUCCAUGGGGCUCUGGUCAAAAGUAGUGCACUAUAUAUAUAUAUGGGAUAGGGUGCCAUUUGGGACUCAGGCUGACUAUCAUGUUGCCUGUAAAUCCAACACUCAUACAAGAGACUUACAGUUGUUAACAAAUACACACAUGUCAAUGUUUGGAGACAAAAUGCACAGUCAAGUGUGUUUAUAUUCCAAAAGACUAGCCAUCGCUAUUGGAGAAGAGGCUUCAAUGGAUAUAAAGCCUUACCAAUGUGUAUCUGUUAUGUUUUAUUGUUAUCGGUGGUUCCAUUGUCACCAUUUCACUUAUACGUCUUUGAUUGUUUACAGAAAAUGAAGCUUGCAAAAAAAACACGUAGAAUUGGUCCUUCUCAAGAACUCACAGUUAACAAACAGUUAUCGUCGAGGACAGAGAAAGUCAUUGUUAUUGUUACUGAUACGCUUGAUGAUACGGCGCCAUACUGUACGCAAAUGCAGUUCACUAUUUAUUUAACCAAAUACAUUGUUUGUUUUUUGAUUAUUUGUUUACUUGUCUGUUUUUAAUCACUUCUGUUUUGCUGUUCCAACAACAAAAAACGGUUACAUUUUUAUGUCAAUUGCCCCGUCUGCACACUUUUUGAUUAACUUAUGAAUAUAUGAUUUUAUUUAUUUCAAUGUACUUGUAAUGUACUUGUUUUUUUUCUACAAAGCAGUGCUAAGAUUUACACAUUCAUACAUUCCAGAUAUUUGUAAGACAAAGUGAUUUUAAAGGAAAGAAACUAAAAAUACUGAAAUACAGUUUUAUAUUGCCUUAUUAUGAUUCCUCCCUCAUUUUGCUAAGACUGUUGACUUUGUAAAGGGGGUAGAAUUGAGUUAAGCCCUUGUAGAGAAAUGGGGUUGUGAUCACAAUUCCAUUCAAUCUCAAAUUCGAUUCACAAAUUGAAAAAUGUUUUGGGAAUUUUUCAAUGAAACGGACCUGAUUUGAAAUGGAAUCGCCCCUCACAUACUCCCGUUGAAUGAGUGAAAUGAAAUGAGAAAAAGGAAAAGAAACUGAAAACAGUCCAGGAUUUUCACUCUGUGCUACUGUAGAGAAACCAAUAUGUCUCUGUGUUUAUGCCUUUAGAUGCUGGAAAGGACUGUGAUUCAGUAUCUCACCACAAACAAAAAAAUCUUUGUGUUAUUGGAAAUCAAUAUCUAAUCAUCUCCAAAUCCUUACUCGUUCAAUAUUUCCUUGUAAACGAAACCCCAACAAUGUUUUUUUUUUUUACCCCGUUUUCUCCCCAAUUUCGUGGUAUCCAAUUGUUUUAGUAGCUACUAUCUUGUCUCAUCGCUACAACUCCCGUACGGGCUCGGGAGAGACAAAGGUUGAAAGUCAUGCGUCCUCCGAUACACAACCCAACCAAGCCGCACUGCUUCUUAACACAGCGCCAUCCAACCCGGAAGCCAGCCGCACCAAUGUGUCGGAGGAAACACUGUGCACCUGGCAGCCUUGGUUAGCUAGCACUGCGCCCGGCCCGCCGCAGGAGUCGCUACUGUGCGAUGAGGCAAGGAUAUCCCUACCGGCCAACUCCUCCCUAACCCGGACGACGCUAGGCCAAUUGUGCGUCGCCCCACGGACCUCCCGGUCGCGGCCGGUUACGACAGAGCCUGGGCGUGAACCCACCCUCAUGUCUUUAAAUAACCAUCUUGUAGCCGAUGACAGGGCUUGUGUCCCAAAUUGUACCCUAUUCCCUUUAAUAGUGCACUACUUUUGAACAGAGCCCUAUGUGCACCAUAUGGGGGAAAUGGUGCCAUUUGGGAUGCACUCAUUAGCGUGGCUAGCAUCAAAGCUCAAUCAAACACAGCAGAGACAAUCUCAAAGUGAAACCAUUUUCAAUGUGACUGACGCCACAGACACCAAUGAAAAAUCCAUUCUUUUAGAGAAGCGACGAGGGGAGAAACACUGGGAAAACAUUGGGAGUGGUGUUUGAUUUGACAUGUGUGUUCCGCUUAACUGCGAUUUAGACUUAGACCAUAGGGCUCUGGUCAAAAGGAGCUCACUAUAUCGGGAAUCGGUGCCAUUUGGGACAUACCUUUAGGACUGUUUCAGUUUACUCAACUGAACUCAUUGCAUUUUGGCAUUUUUCUAGUGGGUCCACUAGAAACACUGAUCUAAGGGGACAGAAUUGGCCUUUCCAACCUCCUACUCAAUACUGAAGUGUAAGAUAUCUGCUGUAGGAGAGAGAGAGAGAUUAUAUGGAAGGUCGUGAAAAGUGGGGAAGGUAUACCUAAACAUUACUUCCACUUUGAAACAGAUUUGUUAGUUUUUUUGUUUCUUUUCUAAAAAGAGGGCGAGGGAUAGAGAACAUUUACAGGGAUGAGAAAGAAAGACAAGAUAGAAGACCGUCUGCUGCACGUGCCUGCAUCUAAAAUGUGUUGCUUCUUUUUGAUGAACUUAACGAGCAUUAAAUAAAAGUAUUAAAAAAAAAUCUCAAAGGAGAACUAAAAGAUGACUUUAUAGAAGUACGAAGUACCCGGGAAAAAAAACCCUGUUGAAGUCUUGUAUGAGGAUGUUCUGAUCUAUGUGCUCUAUUUCUAGAUGUACCUUGUACCUAUGUCGUAAUAAACAUGCGUGUUGCUGAUUGUAAAUAACCGCAUGUAUCCAUGAUGACUAGUUUUGCUACACAGAGAGAAAUAAAUAAAAUGAACUAUUUUUUAUUAUGAAA